AUGUUUGUGUAUAAUAAUUUAGAUGUACCUGUCGAUAUCUAUCGGUUUGGGCAAAUUUCUGGUGAUAGUGAAACGGGCGUAUGGAACACCAAUGAAAUGAUUUCCAUAAUGAUAUGUGGAGGAGGAGGAGAAUUAGGUGUAUUGCCUGAAAAUUAUCAACGAAUUAACUGGAUUCCGGUCAAUUAUGGCGCAGCUUCUGUUUCUGAUAUCGCUAUGGAUGCUACCACACGAACAGCACCACCUUCUGAGCGCGUGCACCACAUUCUCAGUCCAUAUACGAUCAGUUGGUCUCAAUUACUAGAACAUCUGAAGUUAUCUGGCCUUCAAUUCAAAGUGGUGCCCAGUAAAGAUUGGUUACGCAUGUUGCUCUCCAGUCCAAAUAAUCCAGCUUAUAUACUAGCGGGUUUCUUCGAAAAGAUUUUUGCUGAAGGCAAGAAGUUUGAACUCGUCAAAUAUAGAACAGUAAAAAGUGUUCGACAAUCAACGGCACUCAAAUCCUGUCCUUCAACUGAUCGAGAACUUGUUCAGCGCUACUUAAACUAUUGGUCGGAAGUUGGCUUUUUGAAGCACGGAUAUAUAUAUGCUGUCUCGGUGAAAGGACACUAA